GCUUCCCCCUCUGGUUGCAUCGGCAGCUCGGCGCUCGGCAGGCCCAGGCGCGGCAGGGGAGCGCCGAGCGGGGCUGAUGCAACCCGGGGCAGCCGCCGCCAUGGAGACCGCGCCCGGCCCGCAGGAGAAAUAUCAGCUCAUCACGCGGAACCUGCAGGAGGUGCUGGGCGAGGACAAGCUGCUGUCCAUCCUGCAGGAGCGCGAGCUGCGGAUCUACUGGGGCACCGCCACCACCGGCAAGCCGCACGUGGCUUACUUCGUGCCCAUGUCCAAGAUCGCGGAUUUCCUCAAGGCCGGCUGCGAGGUGACAAUCCUCUUCGCCGACCUGCACGCCUACCUGGACAACAUGAAGGCUCCGUGGGAGCUGCUGGAGCUGCGGACGCGCUACUACGAGCACGUCAUCAAGGCCAUGCUGGAGAGCAUCGGCGUGCCCCUGGACAAGCUCAGAUUCGUCCGCGGCACGGAUUACCAGCUCAGCAAGGAGUACACCCUGGACGUGUACCGCCUCUCCUCGGUGGUGACGCAGCACGACGCCAAGAAGGCCGGGGCAGAGGUGGUGAAGCAGGUGGAGCACCCCUUGCUGAGUGGUUUGCUCUACCCAGGCCUGCAGGCGUUGGAUGAGGAGUAUCUCAAGGUGGACGCGCAGUUUGGAGGGGUGGAUCAGAGGAAGAUCUUCACCUUUGCAGAGAAGUACCUCCCCUCCCUGGGCUAUGCCAAGCGUGUCCAUUUGAUGAACCCCAUGGUUCCUGGGCUGACAGGCAGCAAAAUGAGCUCGUCAGAAGAGGACUCCAAGAUUGAUCUCCUGGACCGCAAGGAGGACGUGAAGAAGAAGCUGAAGAAGGCUUUCUGUGAGCCAGGGAACGUGGAGAACAACGGUGUCCUCUCCUUCAUCAAGCACGUCCUCUUCCCCCUCAAGUCAGAGUUUGUGGUCCUGCGAGAGGAAAAAUGGGGAGGAAACAAAACCUACACGGCCUACGAGGCCCUGGAGAAGGACUUUGCUGAGCAGGUUGUGCACCCUGGAGACCUGAAGAACUCUGUGGAAGUGGCCCUGAACAAACUGCUGGACCCCAUCAGAGAGAAAUUCAACUGCCCAGAGCUGAAGAAGCUGAGCAGCGCCGCGUACCCCACCCCAUCCAAAGCCAAGCCUGGAGAGAAGGGCACCAAGAACUCGGAGCCGGAGGACGUGAUCCCAUCCCGGCUGGACAUCCGCGUGGGCAAAGUGAUCAGCGUGGAAAAGCACCCAGAUGCCGACAGCCUGUAUGUGGAGAAGAUCGACGUGGGCGAGGCCGAGCCCCGCACCGUGGUCAGCGGCCUGGUGCACUUUGUCCCCAAGGAGCAGCUGCAGGACAGGCUCGUGGUGCUGCUCUGCAACCUCAAACCCCAGAAGAUGAGGGGGGUGGAGUCGCAGGGCAUGGUGCUGUGUGCCUCCAGUGUGGGGGAGCCCCGUCAAGUGGAGCCCCUGGACCCCCCAGCUGGGUGCUGCGCCGGGGAGCGCGUCUACGUGGAGGGCUACGAGGGUGGGGAGCCUGAUGAGGAGCUCAAACCCAAGAAAAAGGUCUUUGAGAAGCUGCAGGCUGAUUUCCACAUCUCUGAGGAUUGUGUCGCGCAGUGGAAGCAGAGAAACUUCCUGACCAAGCUGGGGACUGUCUCCUGUAAAAGCCUGAGGGGUGGCAGCAUCAGCUAACAAGUGCCAGGGCUGCUCUGGUGCCUCCUGCCUGACUCCUGCACCCCAGCCAUCUCCCCACCAGUGCCCCGGGUCAGGGGCUCAGCCCUGGGGGCUCUGGGACUGAAUUGCAGCCUCUCACCCUCCUGGGCCACCUCUGGGGACUGGAGGUGCCACCACACCCAAGGGACUCCUGUGACUCAUCCCCAUGGCUUUGGGGCCAUGGCUCCACACUGGACUCGCUGCCCGCGGGGGUGUGGGUGCUGUGCUGAGGGCAGAAGGGAAAAGCUGCUUCUCCAACCUCGUGCUGCUGCUACCAGAGCUGGGGACAGCCUGGCAGGCCCUGUCCCUGCUCACCCCCAGCCCACCCAGCCCUGGUGCUGCUCUUUGGCCGGGAGCCCAGGCAGCACAUGGGGUGUCCUGAGCCCCUGGGGGGUGUGGGCCUUAAACACUGACUCGGGAACCAUCUGUCUGUCAUAAAACCCAAUAAAAUGUCGAGCUGA